AUGUCCGACAUCAAAAAUGCUUCCAUCACUUCCUACUUCAAGCCGAAAACUGCAGAUCGCGAUCAAGCAAACUCCCAAAAACUUCCUAAACACGAACCGGAAAACCAACCAGUAUCAGGAACCCCAACACCUCAAGAUACCAGCAAAAAUAAAACCAAAAGAUCACUCUCCACAUCCUCAGCCCUCCUCCCCUCAAAACGACAAGACACAAAAACCACUCCUACCCUCACCCCUCUUUCCUACAAAGACCUCCCCCCAAGCCCUCCCUCGACCACCUCGAGUACCCUGUCCCUAACCCACCACACCGGCUCCCUCUUCACCGCACCCCCAGGCACCCUGCUCCUCCACGCCUGCAACACCCAAGGCUCCUGGGGCUCAGGCAUCGCCCUAGCCUUCAAAAAGCAGUACCCCAACGCUUACACCAUCUACCACGCCUUCUGCACCAAAGAGCAUUCCCCGAAAACUGGAAACUCAGUGCCAGUCGGCACAACGCUAUUGAUUCCACCAGUGGACGGCGACAAGGGGCAUUGGAUUGGGUGUCUAUUUACGAGCCGCAGGUAUGGGAAGGGUAAGGAUGCGGCAGGGGAGAUUCUGAGGAAUACGGGGAGGGCGAUUGAGGGGUGCUUGGGGUUGUUAGGGUUGCUGGGCGAGGAGGUGGCGAGUGUGAGGAUGUGUAGGAUUAAUAGUGGGAAGUUUGGGGUGCCGUGGGAGAGGACGGAGGUGUUAAGGGGGGUUGUGGUGAGGGAGGGGUGGGUGGGGAGGCUGGAGGUGUGGAAUACGGAGGGUAGUUAG